AAAUAAAGGAAAAUGGAGAAUUUAGCUUAUCUCACUUUAUGAGCUGUUGCAAGGUUCGAUUUUACAAAGAUCUAAGACGGUAGAAGCAGGACAAUUAAAUUGUGAUGACAUAAAUAAUUAGAACUGCGGAAUAUGUUAGCCAGCUUGGCGAAAGCACUUUAUGGAGGUGCUGCCAAGGCUGGACUAGGCUCAGAUUUUUCUAAAGUGCAUCAAUCCUUUUGGAAUUUUACAAGAAUUCGAAACCUUUCUUGCACACCUCAAAAUCUGAGUGAGUUGAAGCGAAGACAAAAGGGCGAACAGAAGGCCAGGGAAAAGGCCGAGAAAGAAAAGCAGAAAUUAGCCGAGGAUGCUGCGAAUGAUAAGAAACCCGUUGCAAAUAAACCAAAGGAAAAUGAAGAGGAAAUAUCACCAAAUGAGUAUUAUAAACUGCGACUUCAAACCUUGCAACAACUAAAAGAUGGAGGAAUAAAUCCAUAUCCUCACAAGUUUCAUGUUUCCACGUCUCUCACCGAGUUCAUUAACAAAUACAACCAUUUAAAAGAGGGUGACAUUUUGGAGGACGUUACACUUUCUCUAGCUGGUCGGAUUCAUGCGAUUCGAGAAUCUGGAGCAAAGCUGAGAUUCUUUGACGUUCGAGGAGAAGGAGUUAAAAUGCAAAUUAUGGCGAAUGCAAAGUAUUUCAAUAAUACCGAGCAAUUUGAAGAAGCCAUGGAUAAAAUUAAGCGAGGUGACAUUGUUGGUUUUACUGGACAUCCUGCCAAAACCAAGAAGGGAGAAUUGUCUUUGAUUCCUACAGAUUUUAAAAUUCUUACUCCAUGCCUUCAUAUGCUUCCUCAUUUGCAUUACGGGGUGAAAGAUCAAGAGACUCGAUAUCGUAAGCGCUACUUAGAUCUGAUAAUUAACCAGGAGAUCAGGAACAAGUUUAUUAUCCGUUCCCAAAUUAUUUCAUACGUGCGCAAAUUUUUUGAUAAUAUGGGCUUUCUGGAAGUGGAGACGCCGAUGAUGAAUAUGGUUGCCGGUGGGGCAACAGCGAAACCUUUCAUAACUCACCACAAUGAACUAGAUAUAGAUUUGUAUAUGCGAGUAGCACCAGAAUUGUACCUUAAGAUGUUGGUAGUUGGUGGAUUCGAUAGGGUUUAUGAAAUUGGUCGCAACUUUAGGAAUGAAGGCAUUGAUUUGACACAUAAUCCAGAGUUUACAAUGUGCGAAUUUUAUAUGGCUUACGCUGACUACAACGAUGUAAUGGAAAUAACAGAGUCUUUGCUCUCCGGUCUUAUAAAGUCAAUUUACGGAGGCUAUAAAAUUACAAUUCAUCCAGAAGAAGGACAGGAGGUUGAAAUUGAUUUCACGCCACCAUUUAGAAGAUUUCGUAUGCUUCCUGAUUUGGAGAAAGCUACUGGUUCAUCUUUAGGUUCGUACGAAAAUUUGGGAUCACCGGAAUCCCUCAAACAGCUCAAUGAACUUUGUGAAAAGCAUGGUGUUGAAUGUCCUCCACCCAAGACGGCUUCCAGAAUGUUGGAUAGGCUAGUGGGACACUUUCUUGAAGAACAGUGUAUCAGUCCUACAUUUAUAAUUGAUCAUCCACAAAUCAUGAGCCCACUGGCCAAGUACCAUCGGUCAGAAAAGGGUUUAACGGAAAGAUUUGAAUUGUUUGUAUACAAGCGAGAGGUCUGUAACGCAUAUACCGAAUUAAACGACCCUGUUAUCCAACGCAGUAGAUUUGAACAACAAGCGAGAGACAAAGCCGCAGGUGACGACGAAGCACAAAUGGUUGAUGAAAACUUUUGUACUGCUUUGGAAUACGGACUUCCUCCAACCGGUGGAUGGGGCAUGGGAAUUGACCGAUUGGCCAUGCUACUCACUGAUUCGCAUAAUAUUAAGGAAGUGUUAUUAUUCCCUGCAAUGCGUCCUCAAUGUCCUGAUGAUAACAAUCCUCUAAACAAGCAAAACUCUGGCGAUGGAACUGCGCCAUCAUCUACCAAAUCCUAAAACACACAAUUGACAGUAUAAUGUGAAUUGGUAUAGUAAUAAUACGGUUUAGUAAUAUAUAUGCUCUACUCACUGAUAUGCAAAUAGUUUGUAUUUGAAUUAACACCACUGGUUGAUUUUCAAUCCGAACAUUUUCGUACGGUAUUUAUUCCAUUGUUAUACAAAUUGUUGAAGUUGAAAUACACAUACUUAAUUUGAAA